GGCCGCCAAAGCGAAGGUAAUUUUGAGAAAGCUCGUGGUGUGUGUGUGUGUGUGUGUUCGUAUCGCGCAAAAAUGAGGAUCAAACGCAUCUGCGACUCCGUCAACGUGUUCGGCAGAAUAGAAACCGACAGGCUGGACGAAGAAGAUGUGGACGAAACUAUCGAUUAUCACCUUUCCAACGAGAUCCGCGACAAAUGCCGUGAGCUAGUCCUGGACAAUGACAAACUCCGGAAAAUCAUGGAGAUUUUCCUGGACAACGUCCACAGGGGUUUGAAGAGGGAGACCCACGCUGAUUCCAUUGUCAAAUGUUUUCCCACCUAUGUGCAAGAUUUACCAAAUGGCACAGAAACCGGGAAAUUUCUGGCCCUCGACCUUGGGGGGACCAACUUCAGAGUGCUGCUGAUCGAACUCAGUGGUGAACACUUUGAAAUGAAGUCCAAGAUCUUUGCCAUACCGCAGCACAUAAUGCUGGGCUCUGGUGAACAGCUAUUCGAUCACAUUGCAGAAUGUCUGGCGAUCUUCGUCAAAGAAGAACAAGUGGCCGAUCAAAGACUACCCCUAGGUUUCACUUUCAGUUUCCCUCUAGCACAGAAAGGUCUAACCAAAGGCAUCUUGGAAAGAUGGACCAAGGGCUUCAACUGUUCUAAUGUAGUGGGAAAUGAUGUGGUACAAAUGUUAAACGAAGCCAUCGACAGGAGAGGUGACGUGCAAAUUCAGGUUUGUGCGAUUUUAAAUGAUACCACCGGGACCCUAAUGUCUUGUGCUUGGAAAAAUCACAAUACGAGGAUUGGGCUUAUAGUUGGUACCGGAAGUAACGCCUGUUAUGUGGAACGACAAGAGAAUGCAGAGAUGUGGGAUGAUGUGGAUAUGGGAUCGGGAAAAGUUUCUAUUAAUUUGGAGUGGGGCGCUUUUGGUGAUGACGGAGCGUUAGACUUUGUUAGAUGCGAGUACGAUGAAGAUGUCGAUAAAAACUCCAUCAACCCUGGCAAACAAAAGCAUGAAAAGAUGAUAUCUGGUAUGUAUAUGGGCGAAUUGGUCCGGUUAGCACUUGAAAGGUUUACCAAAGAAGGUCUGUUAUUUGGGGGAAAAGGCUCUGACAUGUUGUUUGAAAGGGGCAGGUUCUACACGAAGUACGUAUCGGAAAUCGAAAGUGAUCCACCAGGCGUCUUUAACAACCUUAGAGAAAUAUGUGAAGAAUUAGGACUGAAGCAUGCAUCAGAACAAGAUUACAUUAACAUCAGGUACAUAUGUGAAUGUAUAUCGAGGAGAUCUGCACAUCUCGUGUCGGCGGGUUUAGCAACAUUAUUGAAUAAAAUUGGCGAGAAGAAAGUCACGAUUGGCAUUGAUGGGUCUGUCUACAGGUUCCACCCACACUUUCACAAUUUAAUGAUGGAAAAAAUUAAGGAACUGUGUGAUCCCAGUAUUGAGUUCGACCUCAUGUUGUCCGAGGACGGCAGCGGUCGUGGAGCAGCUCUAGUGGCGGCAGUGGCCGCCAGGCUAUACAACCAGAACUCACGAACAUAACAACUAAGUAGAUACAGUUUAAAUUUAAAUAGGUUACAAUUUUAUUUAAAAGAGCUUCACCUUAUAAAUAUUAUUUAUAGUAACAUUUUUGGGUUCUUAUAGACUGCAUUUUAGAAACUUUUCAAGCUGGACUAUUUCGAACCAUCACUGUGUGUGUUUUACACAAAAUGGGAUCCCAAAAUUAUGACAUCUCGAUUGUUUCGUCAGUGAUAAUUUUGGGAAAGAACUUUUAUAAUGAAGCAGUUACAUUCUUAAGAUACAAAUUUAUGCAGAUUCUUUCGUUUUUAUUUUGAUAGUUUUUUUUUAGUAUGAUUGUGGUUAUUACGCAUUGCCUUUCUUUAACAAAUUUAAAAAAUACUCUAAAACAAAUGUACAAUAUAUUAGUUCUUAAAAUUUAUUCUAUAUAUUUUUGCAACUGCCAGACUUAUAAAAAAUAUCUUCUCAUCACGUGACGUUGUGAUCAUAAAACGUUGUUAAUUGUAUAAAUUAUUUUUUUGUUUGUACAUAGAUUUUUUAUUGAGGUACUUGAUUUAUAUAGAUACUUAAUGACAUUGUUUUUAUACAAAGGCAAUGGUUUAUAUAUUGUAAAAAUAUUUUAUGAAUGUCAUAAAUGGCUAUGUA